GAUAAUAAUAUUAUUAGGCGUAUCUGUAUAUGACAGGAAAUAGCCGUUCUAAGAAACCUAAAAGCUAAAUACUGUUGAACUUCGGUCUGGUUUGAACGGAAACAUACAGAUAUACUACAGCACAGCUGAUCCUAUCUUUGCGAGUAGUUCUAUUCUGUCACACGUGUCUCUAUUUUCUGCUCAAAAGUGCAUGCGAUCGUUGGUUAUUUAACUUAUUAUUUAUUUAUAUUUUACGAUUCAUUUACCGUCUUGCUUGAGUAUGCUACUGUACGUAGCGUGCAGAAAUGGACUCAAAAAUUUAUCCAUACAAAUCGGUGCCAAUGGAUAUUUCCGCGCUGCACAAAGAUGAAUACACUCGCAUACAUCGUAUAUCACUUGCGCAGAUUAUUAUGUCCAUAACAGGAUUGGUGGGGACAAUCAUUUCAUGUCUUGUUAUAUCUGGUGAACACUUGUACACAGUUCUGGCGGGACUAACUGUGGACGGCAUCAUCCUAAGCGCUGGAUCGUACGGUCUAAAAGUGUCUCGUACCUACGAAGAAACUGCCUGGAAAAAGAACAAAAGCCGGCUGCGCAUCCUGUCUUGGUUUAACAUUAUCUCGGCCAUUUUCCUUUGCGUUGUUCUAAUACUGUUGAUCAUUGCGGCUGCCAUUAUUCCAACGAAUCUGCAUUACCUUGAUUUAGCCGUCCGGGAAGUCGUGUCAGCCAAUAAUACGCUCCAUUAUCUGGAACAGAAGCAAGGAAACGGAACAACAUUCUUCGUCCCGGGCAUCAAUGUCGGCGACUCUACCAUCACUAUUCUAAUUUCCUUUAUGGUUAUUUGUGGCAUCUUUUUGCUCACCAAUAUCGUGCUUUCUCUUGUAACCGCCAAGAUCAGCCAAUAUAUUCUUAAUAAUUUCUUCCGGAAUAGCAAACUAGGAAGCCAUGGAAUUAGUAUCACUGUUACGAACGAUGAAUCCUGAAAACGGACCGUUUAAUGCGAUUUGUAAAUUUGUAUGUAAUUCUGCGAAUUGUCAAUGUAUUUUUAUUUGUUUAUCUGAAAGAUGACAGAUUCGAUCUCAGGGUCAGUGAAUAAAAUACCU